CCCCCUCCCCGGGGAGGCGGGGUCUGAGCGGGCUCCAGGCCGGGAGCCGCGGGGGCGGGAAGGAUGCAUCAGAAGCUGCUGAAGAGCGCGCACUACAUCGAACUGGGCAGCUAUCAGUACUGGCCGGUCCUGGUGCCCCGCGGCAUCCGCCUCUACACCUACGAGCAGAUCCCCGUGUCCCUCAAGGACAACCCGUACAUCACCGACGGCUACCGGGCCUACCUGCCCUCCAGGCUGUGCAUCAAAAGCUUGUUUAUUUUAUCUAAUGAGACGGUAAACAUCUGGAGUCAUUUGCUGGGUUUCUUUCUCUUCUUCACUCUGGGAAUAUAUGACAUGACAUCUGUAUUACCUUCGGCAAGUGCGUCCAGAGAAGAUUUUGUAAUUUGUUCUAUAUGUCUCUUCUGCUUCCAGGUCUGUAUGCUUUGUUCUGUGGGCUAUCAUCUUUUUUCUUGCCAUCGGUCAGAAAAAACCUGUCGAAGAUGGAUGGCAUUAGAUUAUGCAGGAAUUUCUGUUGGAAUACUGGGCUGCUAUGUCUCAGGAGUGUUUUAUGCCUUUUAUUGUAAUAAUUAUUGGAGGCAGGUGUACUUGAUCACAGUGCUUGCUAUGAUCCUUGCAGUGUUCUUUGCACAGAUCCAUCCCAGUUACCUCACACAGCAAUGGCAGAGGCUCCGUUCCAUCAUCUUUUGUUCUGUUUCGGGCUAUGGAGUGAUCCCUACUCUUCACUGGGUUUGGCUCAAUGGAGGAAUUGGUGCUCCUAUUGUACAGGAUUUUGCACCUCGUGUAAUUGUGAUGUAUGUGAUUGCUCUUCUUGCUUUCCUAUUCUACAUUUCCAAAGUUCCAGAACGGUACUUUCCAGGACAACUAAACUACCUCGGGUCAAGCCACCAAAUAUGGCACAUCCUUGCAGUAGUGAUGUUGUAUUGGUGGCAUCAGUCAACAGUGUAUGUCAUGCAGUACAGACAUAGCAAACCUUGUCCUGACUAUGUUUCACGUUUGUGAAUUCAGGUAUGGCAACCUGAUGAAUUCAGUUGUUAAGCAAUAUAUGAUGGGGAGUUAUAUACCCCACUGUUUCUAAGCUUCCCAUUAGUUUUUGCUGUUUCCUCUUGUUUAGUGUAUCAUAGGUACUGCUUUAUAAAAGUGGAAAAAUAUACUUGGAAAUCUGUAGUAAUAACUGCUUUACAGACCUUAAAAACUACUAAUUUGCUGCUUGUACAGAAAGUGAAGAUUAGUUGGCAAUCAUAUCAUAAGGACAUCUGAAUAGCAACAUUGAAUGUGAAACAAGCAUGGAAAAUAGAAUUCAUUUUACUUAACACUGACUUAAUUUUCUUAGGGCUCAUCUCCAUUGGAAAUGGAGUCAUCCUGAUUGCUUUAAUAGAAGGUAUUUUCAUUAAAUAGUCAAAUUUUAAGUGCCUAGAAAGGUGAGCGUUGUUUCAUCCUACACUUAAUACAAGCUAAGAUAGUGAUUUUUGAAUAAUCACAGCCUUUACAUAUUUUGUGAGAAACUGGCAGUAAAGAUAUUAUUUCCUUUAGCUAAAGAUUCUGCUCUCCUUAGAACUACUGGAUUUAGCUUACCAGAACAGAGACUUCAAACUUCUCCUUUGAGAGAGGUGUUGGGAACAGAACACGCAUUGUUAUUUAUCUGAUAAUAGUCACAUUGAAAA